AUGGCCAAAUGGAAUCUGUUGCUCUCCACAGUUAGCGUGCUAUUUCUCACCUGCCAGUCGGUUAUGGACGUUUCUUGGUGGUAAGUUCUAUAGACUUUUUGACCGGGAUUUUCUUUUUUUGGGUUUUCUAGGAAAUUAUUGACCUAUUUCUCAAUUUUUUUGAAGUUUUCUACGAACUUUUAGACCGGUGGCUUGAAAAUUGGUUAAUUUACAAUAGUUAUCUUUACCCUACCUUAUUCUACUAAUUUUCUAUGAACUUUCAGGUCAUCAGUAGCUCAAAUCUCAGCGUCUAACCUAUUAGCGAGCAGUGCAGUCCGGCCGCCGCCUUGUAAGGAGCUGGACGGCUUAUCACCAGGCCAAAGGAGAAUAUGCGAACUCUUCAAAGAUCACAUGCCAGCGGUCGGAGCUGGAGCUCGUGAGGCUAUUAAAGUUAGUUUUUUCAAUUUUUUAAAUGUUUUAAUGGAAUUUAAAAUUUUUUAAUUUUAUUGCACGGUGCAGUCAAAAAAAGCGAUAGGGUCCUGCACAGUGCAGUCAAAUAUUUAAAUUUUUUAAAUUCACGAAUUAAAAUAUGAAAGUAGAGUUUGUGAACUAGCAUUCUGAAACAAAAAUUAGCACAAAUUUAUAUUUUUAAAAAAAAAUUAAAAAAUUUGUCAUUUUACUGCACGGUGCAACUAUUUAAAAAUUUUUGACUGCACAGUGCAAAAAAUGUCGCAAUAUCAAAAAAUUUUAAAAUUUACCAAAAAUUUUUCAGGAAUGUGAAUCCCAAUUCCGAUAUCAAAAAUGGAAUUGUUCAACUCCGCCAGAGGCCGGUAUAAUAGGACCAGUUCACAAAUAUGGCACCAGAGAAGCCGCCUUUACCUAUGCCAUGCUAUCAGCCGGUGUGACACAUGAAAUUGGCCGAAGAUGCAAGCUGGGCAUGUUACAGAGCUGUGGAUGUUCACAAAGCCCAAAACCUGACGAUUUGAAGCAGGAGUUCAGUUGGGGCGGGUGUGGUGAUAAUGUUGAUUAUGGAUACAAGUUUGCUAGGUAAGAGGACUGUUUUGUAGGUUUUUAUGGCUAAUAUGAAGUAGCAGAGGGAAGAAAAAGCUGUUUAUGGUAAUACUAAGGCUUAAUUUAACAAAAUUUUUAGAAAUUUUGAAAAAUUUUGACAAAAAAUUUUCAAUUUUCUUUGUUAAAUUAAGAAAGUAUGACGUUUCUAAUUAUACAAAAUAUAAAAAAUGUUAUUUUGCUCUGUUUCGACCCUAAAAAAAGCAGAUAUCGCUGACCGGAUUCGAACCCGCGAGAUUUAGCGCGCAAGUCCAGCGCGUUAUCCACUAGACUACAGGACUUUAAAAGCGAAAAUGGCAAAAAAUUACAUAUUUUAUACCAAAAUUUUGCGUAGAUUCAGAAUCUGAAUUUAGAUUUUGAAAAACUUUUGUUAUCAAAAAGUUAUGGUUGAUUUUUAAAAAAAAAUAUUGUCCUUAUGGUACUCCAUGGUAGAGUUAAUUUAAAAAUUUAGUAUUUUACAGUAAUCCAGCAAUAUUUUCCGAUUGAAAUUUGAAAUCUAUAGGAACCAUGAAAUACAUAUUAUAUGAUUUUUGUUUUCAGAAACUUCAUAGACGUCAGAGAAAAAGAGGAAAAUGCGAAAAGAGCAGAGAAUCGAGGAAGAGCUCUGAUGAACCGGUGGAAUAAUGAAGUCGGUCGAAAAGUAAGCAGAACGUUUUUAUACGCUUUUUUAGUUAAGGUACAGCUAUGGUGAAGUAGGACAGAUGUAUGGUAGGACAUAUGUAUAGUAUGUUAAGGUACAGCAGGGUAGAAUAAAGCACGGCAGUUUAUGGUAGGGUACAUUAAGAUACAUGGUAAGAUUGUGAGUACGAUAAGACCUAGGAUACGGUAGGGUGUUAAGUGCAGUAGGAAUUGGAACAGGAGACGGUAGAGUAAGGUUUGGUAUGGUACAAUACGAUAUGGUGCGGUGGGAUAUACCACGGUAUGGUACAGUAUUGUAUGGUAGGGUAGGGUAGAGUUGGGUAGGGCAGGGCAGGGCAGGGUAGAACAGGGCAGGGCAGGGUAGGGUUGGCUAGGGUAAGGUAUGAUACGGUAGGGUAGGGUAGGGUAAAAUACGACGUACAAAAUUAGAAUUAAAAAAUUUUUAGAUUCUGAAACGCCACACCAAGCCAAAAUGUAAAUGUCACGGUGUGAGUGGCUCCUGCAACCUCAAGACCUGUUGGAUGCAGCUACCAUCAGUUCAGGAAGUUGGAAAUAUAUUAACUUCCAAGUAUCGAUCAGCUCGGCGGAUCCAGAUCAAUUCCCGCGGAAAUAUGCAGUUUGAAAAUGGCGAAAAAGAAGAAAAACUUCACAAAAGAAACUUGAACAAAAAGAAAAAUCGAAGUUUAUACGAUUUGGUAUACCUGGAUGACAGUCCGGACUAUUGUAUGUCGGAUAAGAACGAAGGAACGUUGGGCACGGCCGGACGGGAAUGUUUGUGAGUUUCUUUUCGUAUGUUUAUGGUCCAAUUAAAUAUAUAUGAGUUGGGUAAGGUAAGACAUUUUUAUAUUUUUUACUAUGGUAGGGUAAGGUAAAGUAGAGUAGGGUAGGGUAAAGCAGCGUAGAGUAAACUAGGGUAGGGUAGGCUCUACUGUGAUGUAAAAAAUCGGGAAAAGAGAUGUCUCUGCAAAUGGUUUGAACCGUCUUAUAGUAUCAUAAAAUAAUUAAAAAAAGUUGGGGAGGUCAUUUUAUAUACGGGGGGGGGGUGCUUUUUAGACCUUUUGAGCUUCGUUUUUGUGGUAGUAUCUAAAAAACGCCUAUACCUUGUUCAAUAUUAAAUAUUUUUGAAAUCUGACAUUAAAUUUGAAAUCAGCAUGAAAUUCUGAUUCAGAUUCAUAUAAAAAUUGUCCAAAGAUUCCUUUCUACUACAAUAUCACCGUAGUAUAGUGGAAGCGCGCUGAGCUGACGCGCUGAAGCAUUGGGGUUCGAAUCCGACUGGGGACAAAUGGCUUUAAAUGCGUUUUUUGUCGUUUUUAACUAAAAAUAAUUAAUAGAAGGAAUAGCGUUGUAGAAUAGACUGUAAUAUUUUUUAUGAUUUUGGUGCUGUUAACAUUUUGUUUGGGGCUUUUCUUAUUAAGAAAAGUUGGUUUUUAGGAACAAAAUUGAAAAAAAAACUUUUUUGUUUAGUUUUUUGGCGUAAUUUUGAUUUUUUAAAUGAUAAAAAGGAUUUUAGGGUUAUAAACUGUUAUAUUUAAUAAUUUUUAAGAUAAAAUUGUUUGCACUUUUAAAAUUCCCAAUUUUUAAGAAUCAACACGCACGGCCCCGCCUCAUGCGACGUGCUGUGCUGUGGCCGUGGCCAUAACACGUUCGAACGUGAAGAAGUGACCAAAUGCAACUGUAAAUUCCAAUGGUGUUGCGAAGUGGUGUGUGAGAUGUGUAGGAACGUGACCACGGUGCAUGUAUGCAAAUAG